AUGUUCAAUGCGCUGAACCGCUUCAUGUCCCGCCUGGACGGGCAGCAACCGACCCAUCAGAGCAACAACCAGGGGUCCUUUGGCUUUCAGGUACUGCGUAACACUAACCUCGAGCUCUACAUUGAGCCGUGGUUUGACUUCAUUAUUGGUAUCAAUGGCCGUCCCAUCGACAACCCCGACCCCCGACUCUUUGCCCAAGAAGUCCGCAACUGCGCCGGCGGUACACUCUCCCUCGGUCUCUGGUCCGCUAAAGGCCAGCGCACGCGCGAGCUGCACGCCUUGGUCCCCGCCGACACCGCCUCCCUCGGCCUCUCCCUGCAGUGGACGCCUCUCGCCGUCGCCGCCAAUAUUUGGCACGUCCUCGACGUCGCCGCCAACUCGCCCGCAGACGCCGCCGGCCUCCUGCCCUACGGCGACUACAUCCUCGGCAGCCCCGAGGGCGCGCUGCACGGCGAGGGAGGGCUAAGCGAGCUCGUAGAGGACCACAUCGGCCGCCCCCUGCGGCUGUAUGUGUACAACAACGAGUACGACGUUACUCGCGAGGUGACGAUUCAGCCGAGCCGCGACUGGGGCGGCGAGGGUGCCCUCGGGUGCGUCUUGGGGUAUGGCGCGCUGCACAGGUUGCCGCCGCCGCUGAACGAGCCCGUCCAUGCGCCGGGGGAGAUGAUGUUCGACGGGGAGAAGGACCCGGCCGCCUCGUCGUACGGGGCCGCCACUGCCGCAGGAGGUGAGGCGCCGCAGGAUCUCUUUGUACCGGCUGCAGGCGCACUGCCCUCGGGGGGUGAUUUCUUGGUGCCCGCGCAGAUAGUCGAUGCGAGCGGGGCGCCGCCGCCGCCGUCGAUCGGGGGCACGGCGACGACGAGAAAGAAGAAGGAGAGGCAUCACGGCGGGAACAACUUCAUGGACGACUAUUUCAAAGAGGAGGAGAAGAAGAGCAGGGAGGCGGACAACGCGCCGAGCGGGAGGGGGACGCCGGUCGCGCCGCCGCCGAGGGUGGGCUCCGUGGGGCCGCCCAAGGAUGAGAAGCAGGCCGCUGUCGAAGGGGCCGAUUGA